AGAGAGAGGCGAGAACACGCUGCCUCUCAGGCCCUCACAGACAAUCGCACCUGUCAGAGGUACACACGCUGCCACUCACAAGCACACACUCUUCGCACUGCCAGCCUUACUGUCACACAGCCAUACAGCCAUUCACAAUCAGCCAGACAUCGCUGCACCUGAGAGCAGGUGACCGCUGGACCCUAUUCCUUCACUCUCCACACCUGGGGAUCAGGUCCAACUCCUGCUGCACCGGACAGGCCUUGCUGGGCAAGUGCCUCUGAGAACCUGAGGAGGCGGCUUCCAGAGCUGCAGCUCUCCAAGCAGGCUCCAGUGGAGCGAUCAGAGAAACAAGGACACCAGUGCCGGUCCGGUGGCUGUGAUGGGAAAGGAUUACUACAAGAUUCUUGGGAUCCCAUCGGGAGCCAAUGAGGAUGAGAUCAAGAAAGCCUAUCGGAAGAUGGCCUUGAAGUACCACCCAGAUAAGAACAAAGAACCCAACGCUGAGGAGAAGUUUAAGGAGAUCGCAGAGGCCUAUGACGUGCUGAGUGACCCUAAGAAACGGGGCCUGUAUGACCAGUAUGGGGAGGAAGGCCUGAAGAGCGGCGGCGGUUCAUCAGGGGGGUCCAGUGGCUCCUUUCACUACACCUUUCAUGGGGACCCCCACGCCACAUUUGCCUCCUUCUUUGGCGGCUCCAACCCCUUCGAUAUCUUCUUUGCCAGCACUCGCUCCACUCGUCCCUUCAGUGGCUUUGACCCAGACGACAUGGAUGUGGAUGAAGAUGAGGACCCAUUUGGCUCCUUUGGCCGCUUUGGGUUCAAUGGGCUGAGUAGGGGUCCAAGGCGAGCCCCAGAACCACUGUACUCUCGGCGCAAGGUGCAGGACCCACCUGUGGUGCAUGAGCUGAGGGUGUCCCUGGAGGAAAUCUACCACGGCUCCACCAAACGCAUGAAGAUCACAAGGCGGCGCCUCAACCCUGACGGGCGAACUGUACGCACCGAGGACAAGAUCCUGCACAUUGUCAUCAAGCGUGGCUGGAAGGAAGGCACCAAGAUCACCUUCCCCAAAGAGGGCGAUGCCACACCCGACAACAUCCCUGCUGACAUCGUCUUUGUGCUCAAAGACAAGCCCCAUGCACACUUCCGCCGAGAUGGCACCAACGUGCUCUACAGUGCCCUGAUCAGCCUCAAGGAGGCACUGUGUGGCUGUACCGUGAACAUUCCCACCAUUGAUGGCCGAGUGAUCCCUUUGCCCUGCAAUGAUGUCAUCAAGCCAGGCACCGUGAAGAGACUCCGUGGGGAGGGCCUUCCCUUCCCCAAGGUGCCCACCCAGCGGGGAGACCUCAUUGUUGAGUUCAAAGUUCGCUUCCCAGAUAGAUUAACACCACAGACAAGACAGAUCCUUAAGCAGCACUUACCGUGCUCCUAGGCCCUGCCCCAGCCAGCCCAGAGCCUUCCACAGCAAUAGCCCCACACUCACCCCACCCAUUGUGCACCCAGCUUGAUGUCCACUGGACACUAGCAACUCUUUCUAAAUGCAAAAAAAACAAAAAAAAAAAAACCACUGGUUUUCAGGGAAAAUGUUCCUGUCCCUGACCCCUUUCAGAGCUGGGCUGCCUUGGGGGAGUGGGAGGGAGGUGGGGAGAGCUAGCCCAGGCCAGGGGUUAAUUUUCAUGUCACAAGCUUUGAAUCCAGUUCCCACUCCAGUGGCUGGAGAGUGACCUGAGUGCUACUUGAAGAUAUAGAGAUUCCUUGUCCACGCCUGUAAAUAGCAUGUCCUCCUUCCCCUCUCAGCUUUGCUAAUACCUCUCCUUUCCCUUCCCUUCAGCUUCCUCCUACUGGGGGAGGAAGAGGAUAAAAAGGACACUGCUUUCCCACCCCAGUCCCACCCCCAAGUCCACAGUGUCCAAGGUUAUCACACACAUAUUCAUGCACACAAAGCACACACCUAGAGCUGUGUGUGCCUCUCCAGGGUUGAGAUAGGAAGGGAAGGUCCAUAACCCAUGAACCGGGCCAUUGAGCACGAGACACUUUUCAUUUGGGAAAGGGAGGUGAAGGGGCCCUCAGCAGCCUCCCUGACAGCUGCCCUGCCCAGACUCUGCAGAGCUGGAAGUACUGUCCUCCCUGCUGCUCUUAGGAGUGUGCAAAGGUAGAGGAAGGGGAGGGGGCUGCUGUAUUAAGUCAAAGAGGUGGAGGGCAGGGUCUGUCUCCUAGCCUUCAUCAGGAAGGGAAAGGGCUUUGGGUCAGGUGGCAGCUAUUCCCCACCAAGAGAUUCAGGGUCACAGGUUUCUCCCCACACCUCUGAACUCAGGGCCUAGCCACCCCUAAACUCCCAAAUCUCAUUUUUGUGAUAUAUAAAGCUACUUAUUUCUUACCCUUCAUGGAGGCUGUGGGGGAAUUUCUAGCCCUCUGACGCCUGUGUGACCCCACCCCACUCCCAUAAUUGUAUAAAGAUCAAAUAGUGAAGGAGCUAGGGUAAGACUGCUUCAGCCAUGUUCUGGGGUGGGGUUUUUAGGCUUUCUCACUUUGACAAGCCCCUGAAUGUUUUUAUAGUAGUUUUUUUGUAUUUUUUUGUAAUGACAGUAUUAUGGAAAAAAUAAAGUAUUUUAAAAAUAUGGAA